UAAUACAACGCAGUGACGGUUUAAGGAAAUAAAAAUUGUUCAGAAAUCUGCUAAAAAUGAAGACACCUCUGCGCGAGAUAUUCUUUGUUUGUUGCAGUUUUUAUUUUGUUUCUGCAACAUUCGACUCCGUUAGUCUGGUAGGCAAUUCCUACCAAGGUGUUGUAAUCGCCAUCAACCCUGAGAUAGCGGAAAGCACAACACUUCUUAAUUCUAUUAAGGCUGCCUGGACAGAAGCAUCGGCGGCUUUGUAUACAGCGACGAGAAAACGAGCAUAUUUUGGAAACAUUACCAUACUUGUACCUAAGUCAUGGAAUGGAACUUACAAAAGGGCCUUUGACGAAACCUACGAUGCCGCUGACGUAGUAGUUACAAACACCAACAGAGUACGUGGUAACAUCCCGUAUGUUCUACAACCUGGUGGGUGUGGUGAACCUGGUACAAGGAUAUUUACAACACGGGAUUAUUAUACGAAUGAUACUUACGUUGAGAGUUUCGGACAGAGAGGCAAGGUAAUGGUGCAUGAAUGGUCUCACUAUCGCUGGGGUGUUUUUGACGAGAUUGCUUCUGGUGAUUACGCGCCGUUCUAUAUAUCCUCAACGGGUACUAUUGAAGCUACAAGAUGUUCUUUGGGGAUACAAGGAGAAAACAUGAUAGUUCAGAACAAUGAGAUUGUGCAAGACGUAUGUAAUUACGACCCACAAACGUUGCUACCCAAUUCUACAGAUUGCAAGUUUAUUCUUGCAUGGGACCAGGACCUUGACUUAAAGGCAUCUAUUAUGUCUUACCAAUAUGUUAAUGAGAUUAAUGGAUUUUGUGACGACAACGAUAACGAUCCAUUAAACCGGCAUAACAGAGAAGCACCGAAUGAGCACAACGACAAAUGCAACAAACGAAGUGUUUGGGACGUUAUUACAUCAUCAGUAGAUUUCACCGGCGGCCGCAAUUUGGCCAACCCGAAUGUUGCAAGCACAAUACCCACGUUCCGGGUUGUGAAACCGUUCCCGUAUCGAUCGUUCGUACUUGUGUUGGAUGUGUCGGGCAGUAUGUGGGGGGGGCGACUUACUAAAAUGAGGCAAAUAAUGAACACAUUCGUUGACGACUUCGUACAACGUGGGGACUACGUUGGUAUCACGAUAUUUUCAACCAUUGCUCGAAAAUUAAGUCCUUUGACCAGGAUCAGGGAUCAAAGUGAUCGAGCAUCACUCAUCCGGCGUCUUCCCAGAUCAGUGAGAGGAAGUACUUGUAUCGGUUGUGGAAUAAAUUCAGCUGUUCAGAUUAUGGAGCAGCACUCCCCUGAUCUAUGUGGGGAUAUUAUCGUCUUCACUGACGGGGAAGAGAAUGUGGAACCUAGCGUUGCUGAUGUGCAUGAUAAAGUUGUUAAGAAGAAAUGUAGAGUAAGCGCAGUUUUUUUCACGACGACCGCCAACCAAGCUCUAGUCCGAUUGGUCGACGCAACUUCUGGUACUUGGUUUUAUGGAGAUACAGAUGAUAUAACACCAUUGAUUGGAGCGUACAACCAGCUUUCAAAAAGUAAAGAUGGUGACGUCAUCCAGCAAGCUAAUAUGAUCCACAGUACAUCAAAAGUCAUGGAAGCAGGUCAAAGUUUUACUACUGACGUUGAAAUGGACGCUACGAUUGGGGUUCUGACUGUUUUUUCAUUCACCUGGUCAGAUGGGGACGUUUCUCCGGGUAUUUUAAUCACUUCCCCAAGCGGUUGUUCGUAUUCCACAAACGACGUUGAUUCACCAAACCCAUGUCCAGGCCAUCCACUAGCUAACGUUAAACCUGCGUUCAAAACAGUCAAGUUUACAAUACCAGGCACAGCUCAAGUUGGCAAAUGGAGAUAUCGCGUGACAACAGCAAGCCUACAGACCGUAUCCGUAACUGUGACUUCAAAAUCCCGUGGUAAGAAACCAAUUGUCGUUUCAGUGAAUACGAUACCGGGCAAGAAAGGAGUGCCAAUGAAAAUCUUUGCUAGGGUGACUAUAGAUGACGUACCACUGAUCGGUGCCAACGUUAGAGCAGUAAUAAAAUAUCCGAACACCACGAAACAAACAUUACCUUUGUAUGAUGAAGGAGCAAAUCCGGAUACGACGAGAAACGACGGUACUUACUCCAGGUUUUUCUUUUCCAGCGCAGUUGGAGGGGGUCGCUACAGUUUACAGGUUCUAGCAUCUGGAAAACCGGGCGAAAAUAAAUCGAAACAUAUCAACUUUGGAAAACCGGCCGCUUUUAAAAUAGGAUAUGUGUACCAAAAUGGAACCGUGGUAUUGAAUAAAAACAAAGAAGACGAGGGGGCUACUGAUGAAACGAUUGAAACAGAAACGAUUGGAGACUUUUCAAGAGUGGUUGUCGGCCAAAGCUUCGAAUACACUGGGCCUAAAGUUGACCGAGACAUUGACCAACAGCCGCCGAGUAAAGUGACGGACCUGAAACUAAAACAAACCAUCGCCUCUGACGUCACUUCUCCUCUAUCGCUUACUUUCACAGCUCCUGGGGACGACUUUGAUUCGGGGACAACAUCGUCAUACGAGCUUCGAUAUACUUUGUCAAGCCCACAAAACCUCUUGACUUCUUUCGAAAGUCAGCUUGAAGUGAAUGAGACAGGUUUUGUAAGAAAUCAAACGGCCUUACCAAAACCCGCUGGUUUCCAAGAAUCGAUUUUGGUAAAACCACCAGCCAUUUCGAAUACUGCCAACUUUACGAGCGUCUCGUACUCAAUUCGAGGUAUAGACGACGCUGGCAAUCGUGGUCCUCCAUCAAAUGUUGCAACGGUCAACCUCCUAAAGAUUAAACCAGUCGUUCCAACCCUGAUACCCCGUACCACACCACCCCCCACUACACCCGCAACAGUUCGAAACAUGGCACUUUGUCGAGCGAUGUAUAACAGAGCGUACAGAGCAACUUUUCGAUUGGUCUGUCCACGUCCCAUGAUGACAAAAAGUUGUGGCGUUGCCGUAGAUGCGUUUUACUGGACGGAGGAGACUUACAACGUAGACUGCGGUUCGGUGAACGCAUGGAAAGCGUGUCGAUCUGCUUAUACAAAUGCGUGUCGUUCAAGAUGGUGCAGAACAUGUAGAAGAGAAGAUCCUUGGAGAUCUGGUCUUUACAGCGAUGGUAGAAGAUUACGACCACAUUACUACAGAGCCAACCGUUAUUAAAAAUGUACCGUUUAUAAUUUCGCUGUACAAUCAAUUAAGGAAAUACUAACCUUCAAUUCACAUGCUUUGAUUUUAAAGUGCUGCUUAUAAAAUAGCGAACGAAAUAAUAUAAAAGCUUGUCAACUUCGGAAAUA